AUUCGUCGAGUGAAAUAUGCUUUUCUUUGAUUAUUUGUCAUUAUUUUUUUGUUUUCGUAAAAAAAUAGCACUUCAAAAAUAUGAAAGCGUUGUACCAAGCAAUCAUACUUCUCGGUUUGUUAAAGCUACUGACCUCAAUAGAAUUAACGACAAUAAAUAACACAAAAUGUGUAGACUGUUCGCAGGACAAACAGGUUAAAUGCAUAAUUGAAGAUACAGGAUUUGAAUGUUUCAACGAGCACUCGAUGAAGAUAAUCACAGAAAAGCCAUUAAAACCGAAGCCUCCAAGUACCGAAAAUUUGGAUGUAUGCAUACCAAAAGGCCUGAAGAUUCUUUGCAUUGAUGAGAGCAACUUUCUGAAAGUCAUCGUUUGGUCGCCAAAACUUGGAUGUCAAAUAGUACACAGAGAGUACCCAAAUAGGGAUACGUGUUUCACUGCCAGCCUUAUCUGUCCGUGUGUUGAGACCCACAAGGGAUCCGGAAAAGCGCAGGUCACCUAUAGUUUGCCACUUAUAGUAACCCUGUACUUAAUAACCUUGUGCAACCCAAGAUAACUAAAAUAAAUAGAUCGACAAUACAAUUUUGAAUAUACUAAAGUCUCC